AUGGCCAGCAUCCGCGACUUGUUGUUGCCGAUUGACGUGGAUCCCAUCAAGCCCAAACCUAGGGAGGGGAAGGUCCCUGCCGACGACGUCAACGCUCCUCCGCAGCCGUCUCUAACAUCGCGCUUUACUAUCGAAAUCAUCCUCGACACCAUAUGUCCAUUCUGCUAUAUCGGCCUGAAUAACCUCAACACCGCCAUCGCCAUUCACCAGACACAACAUCCAGAAGCCGUCUUCGAUGUGACCUGUUCGCCCCUCGUUCUUGCACCGAGUGCUUCUUACGACAAGUUGUCUUAUUAUACGGAAUACAUGGGUUUACCAUCCGACCGCUAUGCCGUCUGGACCGAAUACGGGACCGAGGCGGGCAUCAAUUUCAGUUGGAAGGGCCGCACAGGUAAUUCGAGGGACUCGCAUAAACUUUUACGCUUCGCCCUCGAAAGCACACCGACAGUCACCAGAAGCGUAACGGUCACCCAGCCACGGCAGACAACAACACUCACGGGGACCUCGACCGCAGCCUCUAACAUGACGUUGCCACCUCCCAACCCGCCAGGGCAAGCUGUUAGUUACCAAACGUCGAUGCGCCAUGCGUCUGCCAUUUCCGCAGGUUCCGUGGUCCCCAGCAGCCCAAAAACCCGGGGUCCAGCUCUGCAAAUGCGUCUACUGGAAGCCAUUUUCAAGGGCUACCACGAGCUCGACCGCGAUCUAUCCGAGCGCCAGUUCCUCGUGGAGACCGCAGUGGGCGUAACGGGGUUCGCCGCGCGGGACAUCGAAGCCGUGCUCGAUAGCGACGAGUGGGGCCGUGCCAUCGACAUGCUCUGCGCUGAGGUGCGUCGUCGCCUGCCCACCCCUAUCAUCGCCGUGCCGACCAUCAUCGUCAACGGCAAGUGGCUCUACGGCGGCCGACAACCCGUGGAGUACCUCGUCGCUGAGUUCGAGCGCAUCAGGUUGGGCCAACCGCGCAACACCAAGGCGGCGACGAAUACGGUGCCUGAAUCUGGUGUGGGCAGGACUGGGGUCGACGGCAGUAGAGGUGUGACGAUGAGCAUGCCUGAUGAAAGCAUCUAG